AUGGCGAGUGGGAAGAGAGGACUCGACGAUGACUGGGCCCCAGCCCUACUGCACUACCCGCUCAGCACCAUCAUGGGUCAGACGUGGCUGUCUGGCAGACUAGGUACAGGAAGGUUCCGGCCUGCAUGCCCGCUUGAGCAUUGCCUGAUUCCCUUUCCACAGGGUCACCACACACCCAUCACACACCGCUUUAUUGACGUCAGGAUGCAGCUUGAGAGCCUUUUUCUUGAACGCCUUCUUGACAUCCUGGAUGUUGCUGCCAGGAGCCACUCCCAGCACCUGGUAGGGGUCUCUGGCGGCAGCAAUGCGGAGGCCCCUGGCUGGAACCUGUACGCCUCCGACGGAAAGUUUGUGAUGGACCAUGUCAACGACUGGCAGCACUCUGCCAUGUACUCUGCGUUCAUGCUGUCUGGUCUGGUGGAUCUGGCCACCUGGUAUGGCAGGCUGCCAGAGGGCAUCGAGCAUGCGUCGCUGGGCAUGGCCUUCCUGAUCGAGGGCAUGCUCCUGGUCUUCCACCUCAAGGGCCCUAAGAUCGAGAUCCUGGUGCACCUCAUCCUCGUCAUCCAGAUCUUCCUCACCGUGGUUGCCGUGGUAUUCGAAGCCCUGAUGCCCACCAGCUUCGCGGCCGCCCUGGCGCGCCCCCUGUCCACUGUGAUCCAGGGCGUGUGGUGGAUCCAGACGGCGUACAUCAUGUACCGAGCAAAGCCGCAGUGGGAUCCGGAGGACAUGAGCUCCGCGAUGAUGGCGCCCGUGGCGUGGGUCACGCAUGUGCUGUGGAUCACAGCCGCCAUGCUCUCGGUAUUUCUGCUGAUGCGCUGGGUUACGGAGCGGCACCUGGGCUGGGUGUACAAGGAGGAGCGCGGCGCGCCGGGGCUGGGCUCGCCCAUGCCCGCUGCCAGGUACGGCGCCCAGCGUCCCAGUGGCCGCACCAACGGCCACAUCGACCUGGAGCUGAGCGCCCUGACCUCUGACAAGUACUGA